GCCGCCGCCGCCGCCGCGCGGGCUGGGCGCUGGGCUGGGGCGUUUGCUGGGCGCUCUGCUGUCCCGCAGCCUGCGCGCCGGAGCUGGACAGCGGCAGCCUCGGCAUGUGAGCGGCGCUUCCCAGGCAGCCAAGCCGAGCCAUGUACUCAGGGAACGGCAGCAGCGAGGGAGACAGGAGCGGCAGCGGGAACAGCCUGAAGCCAGCGGAACGGGACGCCGAGGAGGAGCAGGCGGCGGCGGAGGCUGCUGCUGCUGCUGCAAACGGCGGGCCGCCCUUCAGCGGCAGCACCUACGAGCUGCUGGCCCUGCUGAUUGCCACCAUCGGCCUGCUGGGCUUGUGCAACAACCUGCUGGUGCUGGUGCUCUACGCCAAGUUCAAGCGGCUCCGUUCGCCCACCAAUCUCUUCUUGGUCAACAUCAGCCUCAGCGACCUGCUCGAGUCGCUCUUCGGCGUCAGCUUCACCUUCCUCUCCUGCCUCCGCAGCCGCUGGGUCUGGGACGACGCCGGCUGCGUGUGGGACGGCUUCAGCAACAGCCUCUUUGGAAUUGUUUCCGUUAUGACCCUCACUGUCCUGGCCUAUGAACGAUACAUUAGAGUAGUGCACGCAAGAGUGAUUGACUUCUCAUGGUCCUGGCGGGCUAUCACGUACAUCUGGCUCUAUUCAUUAGCCUGGACAGGAGCACCUCUCCUGGGCUGGAACCACUAUACGCUGGAGAUACACGGUUUAGGUUGCUCUCUGGACUGGAGGUCAAAAGAGCCCAACGAUGCUUCCUUUGUUCUCUUUUUCUUUCUUGGUUGUCUGGUGGCUCCUGUUGUGAUCAUGGCUUACUGCUACGGACAUAUUCUCUAUGCAAUACGGAUGCUUCGUUGUGUCGAAGAUUUACAGACUGUUCAAGUGAUCAAAAUCCUAAGAUAUGAAAAGAAAGUAGCCAAAAUGUGCUUUUUAAUGAUAACCACAUUUUUCAUUUGUUGGAUGCCAUAUGCAGUAGUCUCUCUUCUCAUGGCCUAUGGGUAUGGUCACCUUAUAACUCCAACAGUGGCUAUUGUCCCUUCUUUCUUUGCCAAAUCAAGCACUGCAUAUAAUCCAGUUAUUUAUAUCUUCAUGAUCAGAAAGUUUCGACGAUGCCUUCUGCAACUCUUCUGUGUUCGCCUCCUGAAAUUCCAAAGGAGCUUGAAAGAUAGGCCAGUAGAAGAGAGUGAAAAGCCAAUAAGGCCCAUAGUCAUGUCCCAGAAAGCAGGGGACAAGCCCAAGAAGAAAGUGACUUUCAGCUCUUCUUCAGUCAUUUUCAUUAUCACCAAUGAUGACACGCAACCGAUAGAAGAUGGCACCAAACAUACAGGCACAAAAGUCAACAUAAUCCAAGUGAAGCCGCUAUAGCAGGCUAUAUUCAACUACUGUUGAAAGCAACACGAAUUUUUGCCAUCCAAACUGUUUUGUUUAAUUGCAGCUCUUUGGCUGGGCAUCUGUGGCACAAUUAGGAAGAAAGCAGCACUUUUGAGCAGUGAAAUACAGAAGUAAUUGAGUGACUCAUGAGCAUGUAAAUGGUUGUUACAGUGUCUCUGAAUAAUGACAUUUUACAAAAAGAUUGAUUUUUUAAAUUGAGAAUAUUUAUUUUUCCAUAUCAUGUCUUGUUUACAUAGCACUUGCUGCACUGUAGACAUUCCAAGGAAAUAAAGGGACUUCUGAAAUAGAUAAUGGUUUUAACAAUAGAGCCUCAUUGAUUUAAAACAAAACAUCAGUAUGUUGUGAUAUCACAGGAUAGUCUGGACCGCUGCAUAGCCAUGCUGUUCAAACAUUUGACUUGAGAGAGAGACUGUGAUGACUUCUAGGUAAAGUUGAUGAUUCAUGCAUAAAAUGAAGACAGCUUAGAAACAGCAGAAGAUUAUCUCUUUGAGUGCAUCUUUUCUCUCUCAACAUUUAAACCAGUUAGGAGAUGUGAGCUAAACUAAGAAGUCUAUGGUUGGUGAAGCAGGCAUCACUGAGUAACCUUUAAAACAACAAUGCAACAAGUUUAAAAAGAGUUCUGAAUAUGUGUUGAAAGGGCAUGUAUUGAUUGAUGGAGUGGAUAUAUGUGGAUUCAAAAUGCUAAACCCUCUUCCCAUUAGGAUGUGGGAAGAAACAAUUGCAUAAUGCUUGCCAGAGGUUGGCUGCCUGCUGGCUCUUCCAUGGUAACACAUUGCACCAGUGGCGUAGCGCCUAUGAGGCGGGGGGAUGCAACGCUGUGGCGGGGGCGCAUAGCACGUGCCCUGGGUGCAGUUCCCACUUGCAAGGCAAAAACAACUAUUGUGUUACUUACAGGACUCUUAUGAGGUUUGGGACUGUAAUUUCCAUUAGUGCCAGAGCAGGGUGACGACCCGCCAGCACUGUGAGGCUUUGCAGUUUAUUAUUGGUUGAGCUGAUACCCACUGAUAUGUAUAUUACUGUAAGUCAUGCAAACUGAGAGUUAAUAUUGCUUAUUUAUAUGAUAUUUAUUAAAUUGUAUAAAUGCGGUCUGAUGUGAAACACACUGAUUUUUUCUAGUUAAACACAUACGUUGCACGGUUUGUUGUAUUGUGGCCAUAUUUCCUGGCCCCACAAGGGCAUGUUAGAAAAAUAGCUACAUCGCAUGGUGUCUGGGAUACUGUGUUUGAUGUUGUAAACAGUUCAAAACUCCAAUAGCUAUGUGAAAUGAGUAAUAUUCUCUUUUUUAAUUUUAUUUUUUUAAAUAAUCUAAGACAACUACAAAUAUGGUAGACCAGCCACCCUACAUAGAAAUCAGAAAAUAGUGUCAUCCUUUAUCUCUCAUAAAAUUACCAUGAACCCAUACAGUGACAUUUAAAAGAAUAAGUAAACAUCAGAAUAAAGGAUAAACAGCAAAGAAAAACAAAUUGACUUCCCAUCUUGCUUCUGCCUUGUGUAUAGUAUUACUAA